AUGCACCUCCUUGCCGAGAGCAUUGAGGACCUAAAAAUGCAGCAGCAGAUGUUGCACGCCUUGUUGGACGACCUCAGACGCAGCUCAAGAUGCUGCUGCGAGUCAGACGGGCGUUGCUCGAAGACGACGCGGAAUCUGGACUUGACCGUUUUAGGCACUUCAACUCGAGGACAUGUCUCAAAUGUACGGGAUGCAGCGGAGGAGUACGUGGAGUGGAAAGUCCAAGUCAAUACAAGAGUGAAGCAGGAGGUGGAUCUUAUUGACAUGGGUACACAGAGCCGUCUAUUGGGACGUUGCGAGCAAGAACUACCAGGUUUCUAG